AUGUCUCGUCCGCAGGUCAGCAUCAACCGUCUCAUGCCCCGCCGCGCGACGGUCGAACCGCGCGAGGCAAUGAACUGCAAGUCUUGUCGCAAGAGAAAGAUCAAAUGCAACCGUCUGCGCCCCAGUUGCGAGGCCUGCAAGAUCUUCCAAUGUCCCUGCGUCUACGAUGCGGUCCCCAAAAAACGCGGCCCCAAAACAGACGUGUUGGAGGCUUUAUUGAAACGCGUCGAUGGACUUGAGAAAAGACUCCACGAUGAGAAAAACCCUAUCUCGCCCACUUCCCCGGAUUCCAAUCCCGAAGAUAUCCCGCUCAGCAGUCAAAGUGCCCGUCGCAACACUAUAGACGCCGCCACAUAUAAUCAAUACACUCCCUCAGACUCGCGACCGGCGCCUUCGAAUCCGUCAUCACAAAAGACGGAGACUUACACAAAGCCGACCGGCCGUGGCUCGUCAUAUGCUCUGUCGCAGCCGUCACCGAAGCAGAAUGGUAUCUUGUCGGAUAUGCUGCUUAAUGCAUACUUUGCGCGAUUACAUGGCAAGCCAUUCUUCAUCCUGGAUGAGCAGAGCACUCGACAGCGCCAUCAAUUGAGUCAACUACCUGCGUGCUUGUCUAUGGCCAUUUCGGCCAUGACGCUCAGAUAUACUUACUCGGUCGGCCAGCCGGAUCACCCAUUGCGCAUGGGUCUAGAUGCUGCUUUGCAAGCGCGACAGAUGGUUGAUGUCGAUAAUCCGACGGUGGAGGGCUUGCAGACCCUGCUACUACUGUCACAGGCUUACUUUGCCUAUGGGUUGGGGAAGAAAGCGUAUAUGGUAUUCUCAAACUGCGUGGCCAUGGCGGUGGCAUUAGACCUGUUUCGCGAAGUACCAUCUAAGAUUAAUAUGUCGCCCGCCGAGCGCGAGAUGAGGCGCCGCCUAUUCUGGUCCGUAUAUCUUAUGGACCGAUUCAUCACCUGUGGAUCUCGCCGUCCGUGUCUCAUCUCCGACCAUUCAAUUGUUUUGCGCUUGCCGUCUUGGUCGCCACAUGCUGCGGGCCUCAGCGUGGAUGGUGAGCUUUUCCACGUUGGGCCCAACAUUCAAUAUUCUGCAGACUCCCGGCGCAAGUCUCCCAGUGCGGCAUCAUUGCUCAUCGAUAUCACCCGGAUCCUCGGGGUCACUAAUCGGUACUUGGCUGCCGGGGGCGUCAAGGGCGACUCACAUUUCCCCUGGCAUGCACUUUCGAACCUCUCGAAAAUUCGACAGGAGUUGGACAUUUGGGCAGCGGGGACGCAGGACGUCUUUGCAUCCAUUGAAGUUAUGUUCAGUCACCCAGAGCACACGACAUUGCUUCUCAGCAAAUUGAUCUAUCAUCUGGUGCACUGUCUGCUCUAUCGUCCAUUCCUACCUAUCGACCUUGCGGAGCUGCGGGGCACCGGUCAGCACCAGUCAUGGCAGAUCGAUGCUACCAAUUUGUGCUUUUCGCAUUCCAAUGCAAUUGCAGAACUUGUUGAGCUGGGCAGAAACUCUCCUCUCGUUGAGUGGCCUGCAUUCGUCGGCUAUUGUGUGUGUACAGCUGGUACUGUACACGUCCACGGCGUGCAUUACAAAGGCCGCGAAGGCGAGGUAUUCUCAUCCAGUGGUGAGUUCCUAACUCGCGAGAUGCACCAACUGGCCUGGUUGCGCAAUGUCUGGGCGGGUGUGCAGCAUCAGCGUGAGCUGCUCCAGUCGAUCUACACUUGCCACGCUGAGCUGGUGCGUAACCUUGCCAGCAGCCCGAUGCGGUUCUCGCCUGUUUUCCAUCUCGAGGAUUUCUUAGACCGUUAUCCUGGCUUGGCGGUGGAUGGAGAGCAUGUCCGUCUGGUUGACACAGGGGACGAUUUGGUAUCAAAUGCCAGCUUUGUCGAUCGACACGACCAAUACUACCAACGCCCGAUGGCACCACCACCAUACCAAAAUCCAUGGUUCUUCUCCGACACCCGUCCAACACCAUCAUCCUUAGCAACCCAACCUGAACCCGAACGACGCAACUCACAUUCCUCAUUCACCAAACGACACCGCCAGGCAUCAUCCUCCUCAGCUCUCCACUUCCACCAACCCCCUAAUAACCAUCCACAACCUUCCCCGUCCCUCUCCACCAUCUUCCCCCAAACCACGGAAGAUAACAUCCACAGCGCCUUCUCCCCUUCAGCCUUUCUAACUGACCCAUCCCUAAACAUCGCUCCAACGCCCUCCUCAAACCCCCAAUACGCCACCUUCCCCUUCGACACAUUCCACAAUCUAAAUGGAAACCAUGGCCCUGGGAAUGCACUGACGCCAGGCGCUCAGUCCCAAACUAGUGGCUCGCACACUGCGGCUAGUGAAACAGGCUCUCUGGAGAAAGAUCCUUUCCUCAGUUUGUUGGAGCAGCUUGCGGAGAAUGAGAACUCGCAGGUUGGGCCUAGUGAGUUGGAUUUCUUUUUGAACGUGGAAGAAAAGGUCGGGAAUGGGGAGAUGUAA